AUGUCCUCCUCCUCCACGCCCCCCUCAUUCGUCCCCAAACCCCUCGAGGCAGGCCAAGACCCCCCAUCCUACAUCUCCUCCGCGACAAAAGACUUGACCUCCUUCUUCACCUCCCCCCGCUUCGAGCGUCUCCAACGCCCAUACUCCCCCCUCUCCGUCCUCUCAGCCCGUGGUUCAGUCCCGCAGACAGUAGCGCACACAACCCACUCCGCAACCCUCCUCUGGGAAAUCCUCAACCGCAACUUCGCCGCCGGAAAAGCGACACUAACAAUGGGCGCCAUCGACCCCGUCCAACAAUCCCAGAUGAUCCGCGAAGGGCUUGAAGUCGUUUAUGUCAGUGGUUGGGCGACGUCGAGUACCUUCGUCAGGGACGGAGCGGAGGUUGGUCCAGAUUUGGGGGAUUAUCCGUAUACGAGUGUUCCAGCCCAAGUGGAACGCAUGCGAAAAGCCCAAGCCGUCCAGGAUCGGAGGGAGUGGGACGAAGUCAUCGCCGCGCACGAAGAAGGCAAAGUAAAGAACGAUUUCAAAUCUUACAUCCGUCCUAUCAUUGCAGACGGAGAUCACGGACACGGAGGAUUAGGAAGCGUGAUGAAGUUGACGAAAUUAUUCGCCGAAGCGGGUGCCUCUGCAGUUCAUUUCGAGGAUCAGCUACACGGUGGUAAGAAAUGCGGGCAUCAAGCCGGGAAAGUACUCGUUGCUACCUCGACACAUAUCUCGCGUCUCAUCGCUGCACGAUUCCAAUGGGACGUGAUGUCCUGUCCCGCGAUCCUCAUCGCGCGUACGGAUUCUGAGAGCGCUAAACUCAUUGAUUCCGACGUCGACCCAGCGGACCAUGAGUUCAUUCUCGGUGUGGUACCCCCCACGAACGAUCCCGAGUUCCGACCUCUCGCUGAGACCCUCCUCAGCGCCGAACGCUCAGGUGCCUCCGGAGCCCAAAUCGAUAAGUUGGAGCGUGAAUGGACGGAGAAAUUUCCCCUCCUUACCCUCGACCGCGCCAUCGCCGAUGCGCUCACCGCGGCAGGAUGGUCCGCGGAGAAGAUCGAGCGUGAGUAUACGGCCAAGACGCGGGAUAUGUCAAACCCCUCCAAACACUUGUACGCAACCCAGACCUUGGGCAUCGACGUCAAGUGGGACUCCCUCGCCCCACGUACCCGCGAAGGAUACUUCCACUUCCAGGGUGGAUUAUCCGCAGCCAUCAAACGCGCCAACGCAUUCGCAAAAUACGCCGAUCUCCUCUGGGUCGAGACAAAAACGCCCGACGUCCAAGUUGCUCGGCAAAUUUCCACGGGCGUCCGUGGUCCCAAUGGCGAGAAAAAGAUGAUGGUCUAUAACCUCUCCCCCUCCUUCGACUGGACAAAACACGGCUUCACAACCGAAUCCCUCAAAUCCUUCACGACUGAACUCGGUCAAUUGGGGUUCGUUCUCCAGCUCAUCUCGCUCGCGGGUCUUCAUCUCUCCGCCGCUUCGUCUUGCGAAUUCGUCCGCUCGUAUCUCACGUCGGGGAUGGAAGCCUAUGUUCGCCUAGUCCAGAAAAAGGAGAAAGAGUUGGGGACGGAUGUGUUGACGCAUCAGAGGUGGAGUGGGGCGAGGGUUGUGGAUCGUGUGUUGGGUGCUGUUGCGAGUGGGAAUAGUGGGGUUAGUGCGAUGGGGGAGGGGAGUACUGAGGCGAGUUUUCAUGAGAAGUAG